AUGGAGCUUCCCGUUCUUGUCCGCCAGGGAUCGGCCGACAGCGCCAAGGGCCAGGGGCAACCUCAUGCCGCUGCCCCUCUUGAAUGUGUCCGCGGUAUGAUGGAAAACCGGUUCCACCGCUACAGCGCUCUGCUCGUGAUUUUGCAGGCCUUCGCCUACAUUCUUUUCGUGCUCUUCUUCAAGCUUGUCGUGAGUGACCCCCAUCGCGACGAGAAGAGCGGGACGUAUUGGCUGCGAUCCCUGCGCUUUCACUUUGACGUGCCACUUUUCCAUUCCAUGUUUAUCACGACCACGUGGUUCAUCGUAGUGUCGCUGUAUUUGCUGAAGAAGCGCGUGGUUGUACCGGAGAGCCAGCAGCGGAAUCUGAGCACCAAUCCGACCGGGAGCAACGAGCUCCAGAGCCUUGUCGAACAGUUCAGAUCAAAAUCCCAAAUAUCCCUCUGCGGCGUGCCGCUUGGGAUGCUGGCGCUGUUCACCUUUUUCAACGUCCUGAAUACGCUCACCGAGAUGUACGGGCUCCUGUACCUCCCGGCUUCGAUAUUGGAAGCAGUUAUGAUGAUGACGCCGGCUCUGUCAAUCGCGCUGACCAUCGCCUUUCAACCCAGCAUCCAGUACAAUUUCUACGCGUAUUUGUCCGUCUUGCCGAUUGUUGUCGGCGGCACGCUGUCUUCCCUUCCGAAAGAGUUUUUCCACGACGCGGGUUUCAUUCACCACAAAAACUACGGCCUGGGUCUCUGUUGGGCGUUUGCCGCUUCAGUGGUCACGGCCAUGCGCAUCAUCGUGAUCGAUUGCGUAUCCGGAACCUACGAGAGCACGUUAGAGCGAGUAUCUUCCAAUUCUUCGUUCGGCGGACCGACGCCAGAAGUCGGCGGGACGCCAUUCGAGCCCGACCGGGAGGACAGCCCGCUGGUCCAGGGGAGGGAGAUUGUGUCUGCGGCACCCGGAGGAAAUGACGCCGAUUUGCUUGCCGGCGAUCCAACUUUUGAUGCGGUUAAUGUAGCUGACACGGAGAAGAAAUUCCCGUCCGUGCUGCACAUCAUGCGCAUCCAGGCGCCUUUGAGCGCAGUAGCGUACCUCGUUAUCUCCCUAGUCGCGGAACGAAGCGGUCGUGCGCCCGGUGACAGCAGUUAUUUCUUGGGUGGAUAUUGGCGUCCGGCAGAGCGCAGCGAGCAAAUUUUGAAGGAGCCGAACGGGCACGGGAGGUACGCAACCUUGCUUUUCGUGAUCGUUUUCGGCGAGGGAGUUAUGGCGUCGGUAACCCUGUUGGUUGAAGUGCUGCUGAUUGAGCGGACGGGGAGCUACUCCAUGGCGAUUUUCAAAAACCUGAAUCGUGCGGUCGCGGCUCUCGCCGCAGUUGCUGUUUUGCGCGAAUCCUACGCGUGGUGGCAGUUUCUGGGCCUGAUUGUGAUGCUCUUUGGAAUCGGUGUGCGAUUCCUGCUCGGAGCGGAAACUUCGUCGGCCGCUGGUCCGUCAAUGGAAAAGCUGAAAAGCUGA